AUGGGGAGACGCUUGGCUAGCUUGGACUACUUUGAAAAAGUCAGCAAGGAUGCACAGGUCAAGACGAGCACAGGCGGCGUGGUGACCCUGACUUCCCUUGUCCUCAUCUUCAUGCUGCUGGUGAGUGAGUGGAAUGCCUACAGGCGUAUUGAGACGCACUCUGAGCUGGUGGUGGAUACAUCGCGUCAAGCUCGAAUGGCCAUCAACAUCAACAUCACCACUCCCAAUAUCCCCUGUUCCAUGCUGUCGCUUGAUCUCAUGGACUCUGCUGGUGAGUCGCAGCACAACAUCCACCAUGAUGUGGUCAAGCUGAGACUCACUGAAGAUGGCAAGGUGAUUGAAGGUGAGCUGCUGCAGCUGGGCCACAAACGGGAUGAGGUGAAGCACCCAGCCGGCUACUGUGGCCCUUGCUAUGGUGCACGACCAGACAAUGAAUGCUGCAAUACGUGUGAAGAGGUGCGCGAUGCCUACACGACAAAGGGAUGGAGCAUUGACGAUUACGAGGCCAUUGCACAGUGCAAGGAGGAGCACUACAAGGAAGCACUCGCUGAGCAGGCACACGAAGGCUGCAAUGUGGCCGGUUCCUUGCAUGUGCAAAAAGUGCUGGGCAACUUUCAUUUGGCGCCUGGCAGGAGCAUCAAGCAGCCUAAUGGACACGAAGUGCAUAUUCAUGAUGUGCAGCAGUUUUUGAUGGACAGUACCAAGCAUGGCUUCUCACACGAGAUUCACCACCUGUCGUUUGGCAAUUUGGCAGCUGGCCAACAGCGAAAGCAGCCGCUUGAUGGGCUCAUUGCCAAGACGGAUGACAGUGCGCACAACUAUGUCUACUUCCUCAAGUGUGUGGCGACCAGCGUGUUUCGGCUGGGCAAGAAGGAAGCGCUCGAGACCAUGACGUACAGUGUCACUGCGCACGACAGGUCCAUCUAUGGCGGCAGCGAUAAGAAUGACAAGACACAUUUGCAUGCACGCGGUGGCAUUCCUGGCAUCUUCUUUAGCUAUGACAUUUCGCCACUCAAGCUGAUUGAGCGGGAGGAACGCGGCCGGUUCUCGAGCUUCCUCGUGGGUACACUGUCACUCAUUGGCGGUGUCAUUGCAGUGGGCACCUUUCUUGACCGUGCGGUGGAGGGCGUCAAGCGGCGAAAGCGCGAGUGA